AUGCAAGUCACUCGCACUUUAUUUAACGCUGCUCAAAAGGCAACAACAGGACUUUUCGGAUUAGCAGUUCAUCCGAAUCCAAAAUCUCAUCUAAUCAAAACUUAUCGACGAACUUUGGAAACUUUAACACAAAUCCCCCCAACAGCUGUUUAUCGUCAAGCUACUGAAGCAUUGACACAACAUCGUCUUUCUAUUAUAGAAUCAUCGGAUAAUAUUAAGGAAAUUGAAAAUAGGAUUGGUGCUGGAAUAAUUGAAGAAAUUAUUUGGCAGGCUGAAGAUGAACUUAAAUUGAUAGCUAAGGUUAAAGAAUGGAAGAUACAAGUUUCAAAUGUUAAAAGUAAUAAAAGCAUAUUAUCGGUGUUAAUUAUUUUAUCAUUAUGUUCUUUGAUAUAUGCUACUACUGAAGAAUUCAUAGAAAUACCACGUGGUGUUCCAAAGUCCAAGGCAUCUCUUUACGAACGUAAAGGACCAAAUUGGACUUGUUUAGAUGGUUCAGGUUUUAUACCUUAUGAAGCCAUUAAUGAUGAAUAUUGUGAUUGUGCUGAUGGAUCCGAUGAACCAGGAACAUCAGCAUGUCCGAAUAGUAAAUUUUAUUGUAAAAAUAUAGGACAUAUUCCAGCGUACAUAUCUUCUAGUCGAGUAAAUGAUGGGGUUUGUGAUCCUGAAUGUUGUGAUGGAUCAGAUGAAUAUGAUGGUAAAAUAAAUUGUCCAAAUAAAUGCGAAGAAUUUGGAGCGGAAUAUCGUAAACAUCUUAAGGAAAUGGAAAUUUUAAGAGCACAAGGAGCAGAUAAAAAACAAGAAUAUAUUAAAUAUGGACAAAAGUUAAAAAUUGAGUUACUAAAUAGUUUAGACUUUGCAAUUGUGGAUCUUAAUGCAGCAAAAAUUAAAUGUGCAGAUCGAGAAGCUGAAUUGAAAAAAUUGGAGCAUUUAGAAAAAAUCAAAUCCGAAUCCUCACCCAUACCUGUUAAAGAAUAUAAUGAACGAAUGAAGAAAUAUCGAGUAAAAAUCAAAGGUUUAAAGGAUCAAAUUAAUGUACUUCAAGGAAAUGUGGACGCGUUGUCAAAAAUUCUUCAAGAUUUGAAAAAUGGUCACAAUCAAAAUGAGAAUGAUAUAACAAUAGUAAAAUCAGCAAUUACCGCUUAUGAUGAAUUCUUAGAUAAUAAUAAAGGUUUAGAAGAUUUUAAUGUACAGGAUAAUGAAGAGGAUGAAAAAGAGGAUGAAAUAUUAAUGGGUGACCAUAAAGUUCCGCCAGUACAUGUUCCUGAAAUAAAGAAAACAAUUGUCGAUAUGGUUUAUGGAUUUUUGGGUUUGGAAAGUAAUGAAAGUCAAGAUCGCAGUGACGAAUCCGAAACUUCUAGAGCCGAAAAAGAUAGAAAAGAGUUAGAGAAUAAGAUAAAUGAUUUAAAAAUUAAAUUAUCAAAAGAUCAUGGAAAACAAGAUGAAUUUGCAAAAUUGGAUGGUGAAUGUUUUGAAUAUGAUUCAGGAGAAUAUACUUAUUCAAUAUGUAUGUUUGGUGCAGCAACACAAAAAAGCAAUAAAGAUCAUUCAUCAACUCAUCUGGGCAAUUUUCAAAAAUGGUCAGGUGCACAAUCAGAAUCUGAUCCAGGUUAUUAUACACAACAAAUAUAUGCGAAUGGACUUAGAUGUUGGAAUGGUCCAGAAAGAUCUGUAAAGUUAAAUCUGGAAUGUGGAAUAGAAAAUGAAAUUAUAUCAGUUGUAGAACCAGAAAAAUGUGAAUAUCACUUAAAAAUGAAGACACCUGCUGUUUGUCCUGAUAAUCCUUUUAUAGAUAGUAAUAAACAUGAUGAAUUAUAA